CGGCCCCUGCGUGCUGACGCGCUCUCUAUGCUCCGGAAGGACAGAACGGCCCCGCCGUUGCCAUGGCUUCUCAGUCCCGCGGCUGGAGGGAGGCGGCCGAGCUAGGCGCCCGCUAGCUUCCGAGGCGACGCGGAACGGGAAAGCGGAAGGGACCCAGCGCGGUGGGUUUGGGGAGCUCGGGGUCGGGGCGCUGGGGAGCCCAGUACCUCGGAACUCCAGAAGGCGGCGGGGAGCAGAGGAAACGUUUUCUUCUCUAUUUGCUGAGUAUAGUGCAUCUCUCCAAGCCCAUUCCCACUGCUCUCGAGCUGCCGGCCGUGGGGAAGAAUGGCGGUGAGCCACUCGGUGAAGGAGCGGACCAUCUCGGAGAACAGCCUGAUCAUCCUGCUGCAGGGUCUCCAGGGCCAGGUAACCACGGUGGACCUGCGGGAUGAGAGCGUGGCCCGGGGACGCAUAGACAAUGUCGAUGCUUUCAUGAACAUCCGCCUGGCCAACGUCACCUACACUGACCGCUGGGGGCAUCAGGUCGAACUGGAUGACCUCUUCGUGACAGGCCGGAACGUCCGUUACGUCCACAUCCCAGAUGACGUGAACAUUACCGCCACCAUCGAGCAGCAGCUGCAGGUCAUCCAUCGGGUGCGCAACUUCGGCGGCAAGGGCCAGGGCCGGCGGGAAUUUCCCUCCAAGAAGUACAAAUGAGCCUGUCCCCUCAGCAAGCCCCAAGCCCCUCUCAGGUUCCUCCAGAGUUGUACUGAGCCAGCUGCCUGCUCUCCCUCCCUGCCCAGAACCUGGGGAGGGAGCGGGGCCAGCCCAGAAGCUGGUGUCUCUGACGGACACCACCUGUCACACUGCUUUUCAUAGGGUCCCACUUCCCAGACUCACCUCGGGACCCAGAAUUCUAUUUGUCUGUGGCCUUGGGGUAGGUGACAAACCUCCCUUUUGAUCAUUUGCAUCUCUGAUUUACUGAUUUAGGGAAUCUGUCAAAUAGUCUUCGGCCCUGUCUCAGUGACUGUUAUUAAAUGUGCUCAGCCUGAGCCACCCCUAAUUAGGUGUCCACCGGUUUCUCUUGCACUUGUGUUUGUUUUCUCAUAAAUCUAAAUUUGGAUAC